AUGAUGAAGAUGAUGAUGAUGAAGAUGGUGAUAUUGUAUGAUGAGUAUGAUACGUAUGAUGAGUAUGAUGAUGAGUAUGAUGAUGAGUAUGAUGAUUAUGAUGAUUAUGAUGAUGAGUAUGAUGAUGAGUAUGAUGAUUAUGAUGAUGAGUAUGAUGAGUAUGAUGAGUAUGAUGAUUAUAAUGAUGAGUAUAAUGAGUAUGAUGAGUAUGAUGAUUAUGAUGAUGAGUAUGAUGAGUAUGAUGAUUAUGCUGAUUAUGAUGAUGAGUAUGAUGAUGAGUAUGAUGAGUAUGAUGAUGAGUAUGAUGAUUAUGAUGAUUAUGAUGAUGAGUAUGAUGAUGAGUAUGAUGAUUAUGAUGAUGAGUAUGAUGAGUAUGAUGAGUAUGAUGAUUAUAAUGAUGAGUAUAAUGAGUAUGAUGAGUAUGAUGAUUAUGAUGAUGAGUAUGAUGAGUAUGAUGAUUAUGCUGAUUAUGAUGAUGAGUAUGAUGAUGAGUAUGAUGAGUAUGAUGAUGAGUAUGAUGAUUAUGAUGAUUAUGAUGAUGAGUAUGAUGAGUAUGAUGAUCAGUAUGAUGAGUAUGAUGAUUAUAAUGAUGAGUAUGAUGACGAGUAUGAUGAGUAUGAUGAUUAUAAUGAGUAUGAUGAGUAUGAUGAUUAUGAUGAUGAGUAUGAUGAUUAUGAUGAUGAGUAUGAUGAGUAUGAUGAUUAUGAUGAUGAGUAUGAUGAGUAUGAUGAUUAUGAUGAUUAUGAUGAUGAGUAUGAUGAUGAGUAUGAUGAUUAUGAUGAUGAGUAUGAUGAGUAUGAUGAUGAGUAUGAUGAGUAUGAUGAGUAUGAUGAUUAUGAUGAUUAUGAUGAUUAUGAUGAUGAGUAUGAUGAGUAUGAUGAUGAGUAUGAUGAGUAUGAUGAUUAUAAUGAUGAGUAUGAUGAUGAGUAUGAUGAUUAUGAUGAUGAGUAUGAUGAUUAUGAUGAUUAUGAUGAUUAUGAUGAUGAGUAUGAUGAUUAUGAUGAUGAGUAUGAUGAUUAUGAUGAUUAUGAUGAUUAUGAUGAUGAGUAUGAUGAUUAUGAUGAUGAGUAUGAUGAUUAUUACGAUUAUGACGAUUAUGACGAUUAUGAUGAUGAGUAUGAUGAUUAUGAUGAUGAGUAUGAUUAUUAUGAUGAUUAUGAUGAUGAGUAUGAUGAUUAUGAUGAUUAUGAUGAUGAGUAUGAUGAUUAUGAUGAGUAUGAUGAUUAUGAUGAUUAUGAUGAUUAUGAUGAUGAGUAUGAUCAUUAUGAUGAUGAGUAUGAUGAUUAUGACGAUUAUGAUGAUGAGAGGUUAAAAACCGUGUCUCUGAGCAGCAUAGAAGGCACCACGGAUUCCGGAAGCGGAGUGACCGAACUUUCGAACCGAUGUGUCUCGAAAUAA